AUGUAAUAAGCUAUUCCUAAUAUAACACCAGAAGUUAAAUAAAGAUUGGAAGAUUAGGGAUUCAAGCCAUUUAAAUACAGACCUUUGCCAGAAUAUGCAAAUCCACAUUCACUUUAAUAUUGGCUGACUAAUGCUGGUUUAGGACUCGUUUGUCUUGUUGGCAGACAUUAUGCUACAUCCCAAUAAUCCAUUAGAAUAAUAUGGUCUGCAUCUGCUGUAUUCAUUCCUCUAUACGCCAUUGCUACAAAUGCUAAACUUGAUGGAUUGAGAUAAAACAAUUUUUAUAGAAAAACAUUGGAUGAUAGACUUGAAUUGCAUCCAUUGACCAGGAGAGCUUGGGAAAGAGCCAAGUAAACUCACAAGGAGUAUUAGGAUCAAUUGAGAGAGGAGAUUGCUACUUUGGAAGCAGAGUUAAGGAAAUGAAAUUAUUGCAUAUAAAAAUAAAUUAUAUAAUCAUGAAUUAUUAAC